GGAGAUAGCCGGCAUGGUGGCCUUGAAGGGCUUGGCCGUCCGCGACAACAAUCUCGAAGGCGAGCUUCCCGCUACCAUCACAUCGCUCAGGAAUCUCCAAUACCUCGCCCUGUCUGACAACAACUUCACCGGCACCAUACCGCCGGACCUUGGCAAGGGGCUAAACUUAACCGUCGUGAGCUUGGGGCACAACAGCUUCUCCGGCGAGCUGCCGCAGAGUCUAUGUGACGGUCUCAAGCUGCAAAACUUCACGGCACACCGCAACAACUUCAGCGGCAGGCUGCCAUCGUGCCUCAAAAAUUGCACGGCGCUGCUGCGGGUGCUGCUGGAAGGCAACCAAUUCACCGGCGACAUCUCCGAGGUGUUUGGUGUCCAUCCCAACUUGGAAUACCUCGAUGUCUCGGGGAAUCAGCUGACAGGCAACUUAUCAUCGUCUGAUUGGUCACAGUGCACCAAUCUUACACGCUUACACAUGAACGAUAAUCGAAUAUCUGGCAACAUUCAUGAAACCUUCUGCGGAUUGACAUCUCUCCAGGAUCUGGACCUAUCAAAUAACCAACUCACCGGGGAGCUCCCAAAUUGCUGGUGGGAAUUCAAACUUAUGGUUGCUAUGGAUUUGUCCAAGAAUAGAUUUUCAGGUGAGCUUCCUAUAUCAACGAGCCUGGGCCUCAAACUCCAGUCCCUUGGUCUUGCUAACAAUAACUUUCUUGGAGUUUUUCCAUCCGUAAUUGAAACCUGCAGAUCACUCGUCAUCCUAGAUCUUGGGAACAACAUGUUCUUGGGUGAUAUCCCCUCUUGGGUUGGAACGAGUGUUCCUCUUCUAACAGUUCUGAGCCUCCCAUCCAACAACUUCAGUGGUGUCGUUCCACCCGAGUUAUCCCAACUUUCUAAUCUGCAAGUCAUGGACCUGUCCAACAACUCCUUCUCAGGUGAGCUCCACAUGGACAUGCCAAACCACAAUUGCUCCCUUGAGUCGUUUCAUAUUGCAGGCAAUGGCUUCAUGGGCGCCUUCCCGCCGUUCCUCCAAGGCUGCAUCUCCCUGUCCACCCUGGACAUCGGGAACAACCAGUUCUUUGGUGGUAUCCCUACAUGGAUUGGGAGUCAGCUUCCAUCACUGAAAAUCCUCAGACUUAGAUCAAACAAUUUCACCGGAGAAAUCCCCACGGACUUAUCAAGUCUUUUGCAACUCCAGCUGCUCGAUAUGGCCAACAAUAGCUUGACAGGAUCAAUUCCGGUAGCCUUCGGAAACUUGAACUCCAUGAGGCAUAAUCUUCCCCCAUCUGUCCAACCAAUUCCGGUAGCAUUUCCAGUCUGCCAUCCCUCAGCGUGUUAAAUCUCUCAAACAAUCACUUACAGGGCCACAUACCCAACGGGAAUCAGUUACAGACACUUGCAGAUCCAUCAAUAUAUGGCAACAAUCUGGGGCUCUGUGGCUUCCCGCUGAGCGCGUGUGAGCCUACGUUGGGCCAGGGAGCUGGAGACCACAAAGAACUCAGGGACCUGGGGCUGUGUUACUCUGUAAUUAUUGGCAUCGUUUUCGGCUUCUGGCUUUGGUUUGGAGCUCUGUUCUUCCUGGAGCAGUGGCGUGUAUGUUUUCUCCAUUGUGUUGACGGCUUAGGGAUCAAGAUAGAUGUCAGCCGCUAAGGCCUUCACAUGUAAAUCAGCAGCAAACGGCAUUAGCAUCAAUUAUAUAUGUACUGUAUGCUGUUUUUAUUUUUACAGCUGUAACGCUAAACUGGACUAUAGCAGUA